CUACCUUAUCGGGCAUUCAUUUUCAUUUUUACGACAUCCCAAUAUCGAUCGAUCAGGCUCACCAUCGCUCUCGCUCGCUCUCUCUCUCUCUACCCCCUCCACCCUCUGUCUCUCUAAAAAUGACAACAGAACUCCUCCGAAUUUCUCUCUCAGCUCACCCGAAUCUCACAUUCAGCUACCUCACCCACUCCAAUGUUCACCGCUCUCGCCUCAACCAACUCCUUCAGAAACGACAUCAUACGGAGCUUCUUCGACCAGGGCGAAAAUCCCCCAACACUGUACUUGCAAAGGCCGUUGAAUUCAAAUCCCAGUCACAAAACUCGCCGGAAUUUCAACCGCAACAACGGCGAGACGAAUCGGUGCUUCUCGACGUUACCGGAAUGAUGUGCGGCGCUUGCGUAUCGCGCGUCAAGUCGAUUCUAUCCUCCGACGACCGAGUUGACUCAGUGGUGGUCAAUAUGUUGACCGAGACGGCAGCGAUUCGAUUGAAGGCCGGGGGGCCUGAAAUUCAGGGCAAUGCGGCGGCGACGGAAGAUUUGGCCCGGAGGCUGACCGAGUGCGGGUUUCCGGCGACGAGGAGGAGGGUUUCGGGAUUGGGAGUGCAAGAGAAGGUGAGCAAGUGGAAGAAAAUGCUCGAAAAGAAGGAGGCCUCGCUCGUGGAGAGUCGGAAUCGGGUGGCUUUUGCUUGGACUUUGGUGGCUCUGUGUUGUGGAUCUCAUGCUUCUCAUAUACUGCAUUCUCUUGGGAUUCAUGUUGCUCAUGGAUCAUUUUGGGAGCUACUUCAUAAUUCGUAUGUGAAAGGUGGUUUGGCUUUGGGGGCUUUACUGGGACCAGGACGAGACUUGCUUUUUGAUGGUCUAAGGGCAUUCAUUAGGAGUUCACCAAAUAUGAAUUCUCUUGUGGGAUUUGGAUCAAUCGCUGCGUUUAUCAUAAGCGUGGUCUCACUUCUUAACCCUGAGCUUGAUUGGGAUGCAUCCUUCUUCGAUGAGCCGGUAAUGCUUCUUGGUUUCGUGCUUCUUGGACGUUCUUUGGAAGAAAAAGCCAGGAUUAAGGCAUCCAGUGAUAUGAAUGAACUCUUAUCACUGAUGUCCACUCAGUCACGACUUGUGAUAACCCCAUCAGAAAGUAACUCAUCUCCUGGUAGUGUACUUUGCUCUGAUGCAAUUUGCGUUGAAGUCCCAAUUGACGAUAUUCGAAUUGGCGAUUCAGUGUUGGUUUUGCCCGGAGAAACCAUACCUGUUGAUGGGAUAGUUCUUGCAGGACAAAGUGUUGUGGAUGAGUCCAUGCUCAGCGGAGAAUCGCUUCCUGUAUUUAAGGAAAAAGGCCUUACAGUCUCUGCUGGAACAGUAAACUGGGAUGGUCCUUUGAGGAUUGAAGCCUCUUCCACUGGAUCUAACUCAACAAUUGCCAAGAUUGUUCGCCUGGUCGAGGAUGCUCAAGGCCAUGAAGCACCUAUACAAAGGCUUGCAGAUGCAAUAGCUGGGCCGUUUGUUUACAGUGUGAUGACUUUAUCAGCUGUGACAUUUGCCUUUUGGUACUAUGUCGGGACGAACAUCUUUCCAGAUGUAUUGCUUAAUGAUAUUGCUGGACCUGAUGGAAGUCCUUUGCUCCUAAGUUUGAAGCUUUCUGUGGAUGUCUUGGUAGUAUCCUGCCCUUGCGCACUGGGCCUUGCCACACCCACAGCAAUCCUAGUUGGCACCUCUCUUGGAGCAAAACAAGGACUUCUUAUCAGGGGAGGAGAUGUAUUGGAACGCUUGGCUGGCGUAGAUUUGGUCGCUUUAGACAAGACUGGCACCCUCACAGAAGGUAAACCUUCUGUUUCUGCUUUGGCAACUUUGGUUCACGAAGAAUUAGAAAUUCUUCAAAUUGCUGCUGCAGUUGAGAGAACAGCAUCACAUCCAAUCGCAAAGGCUAUUGUAACUAAAGCGGAGUCAUUAAAUUUGAAUAUCCCAAUUACGAAAGGACAAUUAACAGAACCAGGUUUUGGAUCAUUAGCAGAAGUAGAUGGACGUUUGGUUGCAGUUGGCACUUUGCAAUGGGCUUGUGACCGUUUCCAACAAAAAGUGGACCUGUCUGACAUAAUGAGUCUGGAACAGGCUUUGAUGCAUCAAUUAUCUGAUGGAAAAUCAUCAUCAGACUAUUCAAAAACGCUUGUUUAUGUUGGUUGUGAAGGGGAGGGCAUCGUUGGUGCUAUUGCAAUAUCCGAUCAUUUACGCGAUGAUGCUAUAUCUACCAUAAACAGGCUUUGUCAGAAGGGAAUUAAGACAGUCGUCUUAUCAGGAGACAGGGAAGAGGCAGUCGCAAGUAUAGCCAAGACAGUUGGAAUAGGAAGUGAAUUUAUCCGUGCGUCCUUGACUCCACAGCUGAAAUCUGGUGUCAUAUCAACUCUUCAAGCUUCAGGCCAUCAUGUGGCAAUGGUGGGUGAUGGAAUUAAUGAUGCACCCUCUUUGGCCCUUGCUGAUGUUGGGAUUGCUUUGCAAAUUGAAGCUCAAGAAAAUGCUGCAUCAAACGCAGCAUCCAUCAUACUACUUGGAAACAAACUUUCACAGGUAGUAGAUGCAUUGGAUCUUGCACAAGCAACAAUGAAGAAAGUUCAUCAAAAUUUGUCAUGGGCAGUAGCAUAUAAUGUUGUGGCCAUCCCUAUUGCAGCUGGGUUGCUCCUUCCCCAAUUCGAUUUUGCCAUGACACCUUCACUUUCAGGCGGUUUGAUGGCAUUGAGCUCAAUAUUUGUUGUUACCAACUCACUGCUUCUGCAGCUCCAUGGGUCUCAAAGGAACAGAAGAAAGAGCUUAGUUCACAAACCCGCACCUGUGGCUUCCAUUGAGUUGAAAAUCUAAGACUAAAUUGAGUUUGCUUAUUAUACACAUUCAGGUAUAAUAAUAGAUACCAGAACCCUCCCCAACCUAUUCUCCUAUACAGCAGUCACAAAUUAAGGAAUAAAUGACUUAACCAUGUCCAAUGUGGUAGUUUUUUCUGCUCUAUAUUUUUCAAUGUAAAAUCUUUGUAGUGAAGACAUUUUAUGAAAUCUUGAAAACAGGGACAGGAUUUUAGCAUUGAGUCUAUGAAAUGUUGUUGACACAAAGUGGUGAAGAAGAGAAAUUAUAGUUGCUGUUUGAACAAACCGGCCUAUCUGGCAUGCCUUCCUCAAGGAGUGCCAAAUGCAGUACUAGUGUGAAAUGUAUGUGGUGAUUGCUUAUUACUAGUGUUUCACCCGUGCUAUGCAUGGGUUGUGUUUAAAA